CUUUGGAUUCCCCGGGCCUGGGUGGGGAGAGCGUGCUGGGUACCCCCUCGAUUCUCCGCCCCCCAGCAUCCCAUGAGCCGCCCCUCGGCCCAAUGGAGCCCGGCAAUUAUGCCACCUUGGACGGGGCUAAGGAUAUCGAAGGCUUGCUGGGAGCGGGAGGGGGUCGCAAUCUAGUGUCCCACUCCCCGCUGAGCAGCCACCCAGCAGCGCCCGCGCUAGUGCCGGCUGCCAACUAUGCGCCUCUGGAUCUGCCGGGCUCGGCGGAACCGCCUAAGCAGUGCCACCCGUGUCCCGGGAUGCCCCAGGGGGCGUCCCCGGCUCCCGUGCCUUACGGCUACUUUGGAGGCGGGUACUACUCCUGCAGAGUGUCCCGGAGCUCGCUGAAGCCCUGCGCCCAGGCACCCAGCCUGACCGCCUACCCCGCGGAGACGCCUGCAGCCGGAGAGGAGUACCCCAGCCGCCCCGCCGAAUUCGCCUUCUAUCCAGGGUACCCGGGACCCUACCAGCCUGUGGCCAGUUACCUGGAUGUGUCGGUGGUGCAGACCUUGGGCGCCCCUGGGGAGCCUCGCCACGAUCCCCUGCUGCCCGUGGACAGUUACCAACCUUGGGCCCUUGCUGGAGGCUGGAACAGCCAGAUGUGUUGCCAGGGAGAACAGAACCCGCCAGGACCCUUCUGGAAGACGGCAUUUGCAGACGCCGGAGCGCAGCACCCACCUGACGGCUGCGCUUUCCGCCGGGGCCGCAAAAAGCGCAUUCCCUACAGCAAGGGGCAGCUGCGGGAGCUGGAGCGCGAGUACGCGGCCAACAAGUUCAUCACCAAGGACAAGAGGCGCAAGAUCUCAGCGGCCACCAGCCUUUCUGAGCGUCAGAUUACCAUCUGGUUUCAGAACCGGCGGGUCAAGGAGAAGAAGGUUCUGGCCAAGGUCAAGACCAGUGCUACCCCGUGAGGGAUCCCUCUGGUUGG